CUGCUCGGGAAACUGAGUUUUGGGGUUGUGCAGUAUUUUUGCCGGGCGGAAACUCCCGCCAUUUUUUUCAACCCAGUAAUUAAUCUCUUGCACAUUUCAAUUAAGUUAUUACAACCCUUUACUAUCAUUGUAACAACUUAAACUUUCAUGGACGGAAACUGCGAGUCAAAAAAAAAAUCGCUCCAUGAGAAGAGGCUUAGUCUUUGAGACCGGAGUGGAGAGCGCGCCAGACCCCCUGACGAGAACCUCCGCUGUUGCCGCGAGUUGGAGAAUUCUGUCAGCUCGCCUCUCCAUCCUCCUUUGGGACAAGCUAGCAGAAGUUUCUCCGGAUAGCCUACCCGAAGAGUCCAUUAUCAUUGCACAUUUUUAAACAGCUGUUUUUGUCAAGUUUGUGUUGAUUAACAAUGUCACAACUACCGGCGAACAGAACAAGGAUGCGAUUUGACUGCUAGCAAGAAGUGCUGUGUUAUUGUUUGCGAGGAUUUAGCCGACUUGCUAGGAUGGCACCACUGCUGGGCCGGAAACCCUACCCGCUGGUUAAGCCGCUAGCCGAGCCGCCAGGCCCAGAGGAGGAGGUCUACAUCAUCGAACACACCAAGGAGGCCUUCAGGAACAAAGACGAGUAUGAGGCGCGCCUGGAGAGAUACGCCGAACGCAUCUGGACAUGCAAGAGCACCGGCAGCAACCAGCUCACACACAAGGAGGCCUGGGAGGAGGAGCAAGAAGUCACUGAACUGCUUCAGGAGGAAUACCCACUAUGGUUUGAGAAGCCCGUCCUGGAGAUGGUCCACCACAACACGGUCUCCCUGGACAAGCUGGUGGACCAGGCCUGGGUGGAGAUCCUCACCAAGUACGCCGUAGAUGAGGAGUGUGACUUUCUGGUGGGGAAGGAAAAGAGUUUGCGGGUUAAGGUCGUAAAGAUACACCCGCUUGAGGGGAACGCUGAGGGGGAGACGUCAGAGAAGAAGCUCGACGGAGCCUGCGACUCUCCUUCCAGCGACAAGGAGAAUGCAAGCCAGGAGAACCAGAAGAAGGAACAACAGCUGCCCAGAGAGGAGGAGAGCCCCAGGGAGACUAGGGAAAGCAGGAGAGAGAGCCUCAGUGACCGAGCACGGCGCUCCCCCAGGAAAACUCCCACCGCUAUGAAGGAGGAGAAGAAGAGAUGGGUGAUGCCAAAGUUCCUGCCACACAAGUAUGACGUGAAGCUGAUCAGUGAGGACAAGGUCAUCAGUGAUGUCCCAGUGGACAGCCUCUUCCGGACUGAGCGCCCUCCGACCAAGGAGAUCAUGCGCUACUUCAUCCGCCACUAUGCACUCCGGCUUGGGAUGGGAGAGACGGCCCCCUGGGUGGUGGAGGAUGAACUGGUGAAGAAGUUCAACCUGCCCAGCAAAUUCAGCGACUUCCUCCUUGAUCCACACAAGUUUUUCACAGAGAAUCCAGUCUCAGCCAAGCGCAAGAGCCUGAGCUCAACAGAGGGCAAACUCAGUAAGAAGCUGAAGACCUCAAACACCCCGGGAGGAGGGAAUUCGGGGAACGAGAAGAAAAAUGAUUCUCUUGGCAUGCCCCUGAGCCCUACAAUCUGGGGCCACAUGCAGAUGAAAAUGAAUGGCUCGCCUCUGAAGGUAAAGAACUCCGGAACCCCCAAGAAAAGAGAGGGUGGGGCUUCUGUACUCUCCUCCCCCAAAUCCAGCAAAAAACCUGGAGACAAGAAAUCUGCUACUGGCAAAAAGACCCCCGGCAAGAGCGGCCUGAAGGCAUCAUUCAAAAAAGAUGAAAAGGGUGGAGGUGCCAAAAAGCCCAAGAUGAAACAAAUGACUCUGUUGGACUUGGCCAAGAGCCCUCAUUCCGCUGGAAGCCCCAAGAAGAGAUCCCGGAGCACCGGCCCAGGGACCCCCAAGCUUGGCAAGUCCCUGCACCCCAUGGCCCUGCAUCUGCUGCGCUACUACAAGGAACACAAGGGCAAGGAGGACAAGAGGAACGCCAUGUCCUGUCUCAUAUCCAAGGCGGCCAAGGCCCUCUCGCCUGAGGACCGGGGCCGGCUUCCUGAGGAGCUCUGCGAUCUUGUCCUGAAGCGCUGGGAGUUGCUGGAGCACAAGAAGAAAUGGGCGGCCAUGAGCGAGGAGGAGAAGCGGGACGUGAUGAGGAAGAGGCGUGAGGAGAUCAAGGAGAAGCUCCGGGAGAAGACGAAGGAGCGGCGGGAGAAGGAGCUGCAGGUGCGCCGUGAGCAACAGCGCCGCUAUGAGGACCUGGAGAUCGAGGGCGGCAAGGCACUGCCUGUCUUCAAGCUGGUCGACAUGCCAGAGGGCCUGCCCAAUUCCCUGUUCGGAGAUGUGGCCAUGGUGGCGGACUUCCUCAACUGCUACGCGGGCCUGCUAAUGCCCGAUGACCAGUACCCAGUGACGGCAGUGGCCUUGAUGGAGGCUCUGGCUGGGGAAAAGGCAGGUUUCCUCUACCUGAACCGUGUGCUGGUGGUGCUGCUGCAGACCCUGCUGCAGGACGAGCUAGCCGAGGGCUACAGCGAGCUGGACAUGCCCCUGUCGGAGAUCCCCCUCACCCUCCACUCUGUCUCGGAGCUGGUGCGCCUGUGCCUGCGGCCGUGUGACGCCCACGGCGAUGACUCGGGCUCUGGGGGGGAUGAUUGGGGCCCCCUAGGGGGCUUCGACCAGGUGGUAAGCAGUGAGUUCCUUGAGCGGCUGGAGGCGGUGGAGGUGUUCGAGUUGACGUCAACGGAGAAGGCCAGCCUGCUGGUGGCACUGUCUCACCGCAUCCUCAUGACCUACUCGGUGGAGGACCACGUGGACUCCAUGCAGCAGCGCUCGGCCGAGCUGUGGAAGGAUAGGCUGGCCUCGCUCAAGGAGGUCAACGACCGCAAACGGGCUGAGAAGCAACGGCGCAAGGAACAAGCUGAUGUCAAAGGCGAGGAGGCUGCCAGUGGCGACACGCCGUCAGCCACCACCAAGGUGGAGAAGAAGAAAGAGGGUAGCACCAAGAAAGAGGUGAAGGUGAAAGCAGAGCCGGUGGCCGCGGAGCCGGAAGACAUGAUCAGUACGGUUAAGAGUAGGAGGCUGAUGUCCAUCCAGGCCAAGAAGGAAAAGGAGGAGCAUGACAGACAGAACAAAGAGCGUAUGGAGAAGGAGGCGGAGGAGGAGCGUGUCCGCAAGCAGAAGGCUGCAGCAGAGAGGGCCUUCCAGGACGGCAUCGCCAAAGCCAAACUGGUGCUGAGGAGAAUCCCACUGGGAACUGAUCGAAACCAUAACAGGUACUGGCUGUUUUCUGAUGUUGUGCCUGGCCUGUACAUAGAGAAGGGCUGGGUGCACGACAGCAUUGACUACAGUUACACCCUCCCCCUGGAAGAUUCUACAGCCGAGCCUGAGGACGAGGAGGCUACCAAAGAGGAAACUAAUGAUGUUGAGGAGGACGGUGGCAGUCUAGAUGGUGCUCUGAGCGAAGGAGCCCACCAGGGGGCGCUAGUCGCCAUCUGCAUCGAGACCACCACUCCCAACCAGGGACAGAACCUCUGGUUUGUGUGUGAUGCUCCACGGGAACUCGAUGACCUGGUCGAGAGCCUCCACACGCAGGGUGUGAGAGAGAGUGAGCUGAAGACCAAGCUGCAAGUCAGGUACCAGGACAUCCUCCAUUCUAUCAACCUGGCCCGCAAGGGGAACCCGGGGCUGAGGAGCUGCGACGGCCACCAGGAGCUUCUUAAGUACCUGCGCAGCGACGUCAUCGAGGUGGCCUCGCGCCUCCAGAAAGGCGGCCUGGGUUACAUGGACGACAGCAUGGAUGAGUUUGAGAGAAAGGUGCGUGACCUGGAGAACCUAAAGGACUUUGGGGAGUGCGUCAUCACCCUCCAGGCCUGCGUCAUCAAGAAGUUCCUGCAGGGCUUCAUGGCCCCCAAGCAGCAGAAGAAGAAAAAGCAGGAAGGGGAGGAGAGCAGGAAAACUGAGGAGGUGGAUGAGGAGAAGAAGCUGGCGGAGGAGGCAAGGGUGGCGACGGCAGUAGAGAAAUGGAAGACAGCGAUCCGCGAGGCCCAGACCUUUUCCCGGAUGCACGUGCUGCUGGGCAUGCUGGACGCCUGCAUCAAGUGGGACAUGUCGGCAGAGAACGCACGCUGCAAGGUGUGCCGCAGGAAAGGGACAGGGCUGAGGCCUCCUGUCCUCAUGCUGCGGGACAUGGUUAGCCCCAGUCCCAAGCAGGGCAGGUGGAUGAGCCCAGAGCAGGGACAGAGUAGUGUCAGACAGGUGCAGGUGUACCACAUUCUGCCACAAAGCCACACUACAGGUGAGGAUGACAAGCUCAUCCUGUGUGACGAGUGCAACAAGGCCUUCCACCUGUUCUGUCUGCGCCCCGCCCUCUACCGCAUCCCCCAGGGGGAGUGGCUGUGUCCCGCCUGCCAGCCCGCCGUGCAAAGACGCUGCUCCCGCGGAAGAAACUACAAUGAGGACACUGAGGAAGAGGAGGAUUCUGAGGACAAAGAGGAGUCUGAAUCUGAGGACUCUGAUGAAGAGGAUAAGGAGGAUAAUGAUUACAAGGCCGUGGGCCACAGCUUGAGAUCAAGGAAGAAGACAAAGAACUCUAAAGCAUUGAAGGCGCCCAGUAAGGCGUCUAAGAAGCACUCUCCCCCCAGUAAACCCAGCAAACAGAGGGCCGCCCCUAGCAGUCCUGCAGACAUCGACGAGCUGGUGCAUCAGAGCUCAAAGGCAGGUGUGCGUCGGCAGGCCCUGGAGCUGGAAAGGAGCGAGGAGAUCCUGCAGAAACUGGUCAAAUUCCGCUACAGCUGGCCGUUCAGAGAGCCGGUGUCAGUAGAGGAGGCGGAGGACUACUUUGACAUCAUCUCCAGCCCCAUGGACUUCCAGACCAUGCAGGCCAAGUUCAGCGAGGGCCAGUACCGCCACGCCCAGGACUUCCUGGAGGACGUCAAGCUGGUGUUCUCCAACGCCGAGGAGUACAACCAGACGGGCAGCUCGGUGCUCUCCUGCAUGGCCAAGACUGAGCAGAGCUUCACCCAGCUGCUCCACAAGCUGCUACCCGGCCUCGGCUACCUGCGCCGGCGCCAGAGGAAGAGGGUCAGUCGGACCCCUCAGGACGAGGAGGAAGAGGAGACGCCCAAGGUUCGGAAGAUGCAGAAUGGGAAAGGCAAGGUGGGUCGGCCCAGGAAAGUAGUGGUGGAGCAGAGGAGAAAGGAAGAGGAGGAGAGCGAGGAAGAGGGCAGCAGGAAGAGCAAGCGGGCGGCGACCACAUCCAGCCGGAGAGACUACCGAGAGCAAGAGAGUGAUGGCGGGGAGGGCGGCAACCGGAGAACUAGGCAGCGGGGGGGCGACGGUGGGGAUAGUGACGAGGAGAACGGGGCCAGCCACCGACAUUCCAAGCUGCAAAAACGUUCAUAAUGAAGUCCAGGGUGCUUCUUGUGUUUGUCUUUUCAAAUUUCUGCCCCUAAAAUGAAAACAGAACACCCCUCCCAAUUCUGAGGAAAUGGGACUCAACUUCUCAGAUGGAGUUUUUUGUGUUUUUGGUUUUAUGUUAAUAUUUUUGAGUAAAAAAAGAAACUGAUUUAUAUUUGUAAUGCGAUUUAAUAUUUGGUGACUUUUUUCAAACAGACAUUUACAUCUAAGACGAGAGGUUUUGUCAGAGCUCUUUGAGAAUUUUAAUUUAUCCCCCCCACACCUUACAUUUUGGUCAUCCUCCCAGGUUUAAAGUUGUAAUUUAGCUUCUGUGUGGCUUGCGCUGUGAGGGAUGGGCUGUUAACCGUUGUCCAGGAAAUAACUAAUUAAUGUCGAUGUACAGUCCUCAUUCUCUGGUUUUGCUUUUUAACGUGACUAAACACUGGCCUUUGGGCAACCCAGCCGUGCGAAGGCACCAAAUCCCUUGGUGUGUAUGUCUGAAUUCUUCCUUCCACCAACGGCCUAGCCAUCAUUCUGCCUAAACAUUUGAACCAUACAGAUAAUCCAGGUUUUUACGUAUGCAAUUCAAUUUCCUGUGUUGACAAUGAAAAGAUCUAUUGUAAAAACAACGGUACAUUUUAACCCCCUCUUUCUCCAGAGGACUCUGUUUUGUUGCAGUGUCUCAUUCCUGGUCUACCGCUUUGCCCGACCUUUCACCUCCAGAAUGUCCUCAAAUUCAGUAGAUAAUUCCCCUUAAACUCCGCCCUGUAGUUCUCUCCCUGUAAAAUUAGGGCUGCCUUUUGUGGUAGGGCUCUACUGUCAUUAUAGGCAUUUAUUAUUUUAAACCACAAAUCCAAGCAUAGCCAUGGUCUAAAUGCAUGGAAAUGUGUUUUGUUGACUUGAAAAUGGGAUUUUCAUGAUUUGUUUUGUUGCACAUUUUGGCCGAAUUGAUUCAAAGGAAGUAUAUGAAAUACUUGCGAGCGAUAACCACUUCCUUCCUCAAAGAUUUGUCAGCGGUCAUCUUUAUGCCGUGUCAUCAAUACAAGGUCUGGUUAGGUUCUAGUCCGAUGUUGGCGAUCUGUGUGUGGAGGAGGGUUCGUGGACCAUGAGCCGGAUUGUUCGGUUCAAAUCCUUCAGGUUAUUACCAUUGCUUCAAACUCCUUAUUGUGUAUGUUUCCAUUCAUUAGCACCAGGUGGUGCUAUACUCCUGCACUUUUAACCAGCAUAGUGCAAGUCAUGGUCCCUUGAGAACCUCUUGUCUUGUUCAUAUCCUUUCCUUCAACAACCUCAUGCACAUUCUACUGUGGAGUAGGUGUUAAAAAAACCUUCUCCCUCGCUAGUGUGUGUGUACCCUGUACCAUAAUCGAACCUUGGAGAGCACUAUGGUCCUUGGGAGUAAUUCUCAGAUGGGGUGUUGGGGUAUCUAUUUACAGAACACCGGUUAGGUAGUCAUACAAUGCAGAUGUCUUGACUAUGACCUGUCCUGUAUGUGCAGUUCUAUGCAGUAUGUUAGUGCUUUUCUAACACUACUGUUAUUGAAUCGUCAAGCCUAUGAUCUCAUUUUUAAUUUGGUACUUAUCAUUUGGGCAGUUUUAAAAAGCCUUUUUUUUUUUUGUACUACUCGAAUUCUGUGUCUGAAAUGGUUGAAAUGUAAUUUUUGGCUGUUCAAUUACAUUGAAUAUUUAGAUGGAAGAGCAGAUCUAAAGAAUUGCAAAAGUGACAGCCCUCCUCAGUAAAAUUCCUGUUGUAAAUACUUUCUUUCUUUCCGGAGGAACUAAAAAAGUAUUUUACACUUUAAAAAAAUAUUUAUCGUCGCAACUGGGGUCGGGAUUGGUUGGACAGGUGUGGGGCUCACAUGUAAAGAAUCCCCCCCCCCCCUUUUUUUUUUUUUUUUUUUUUUUUUUUUUGGAUAUGGGUAUGAAGUUUAGAUCUCCCCUUUGUUUUGAGGUUAAUAGUAUUCCCCCAGCCCAUCACUGCCAAUGGUAAACCUGAUAGAGAAUUGCCAGUGGGGAGGAGUAAGCCAUGGGACCGCAGGCUGACUUAUGUUUUCUUUACUUUUUAAUAAAACAUCAUACAAUGGUAUCG